UGCGCGGGCGGCCAUGCAUAAACAGCUCAGCUAAUGUUCAAGUGGAGGCCGGACGUCACAGAUCAGGAGUGGACAAUGCAGAGAGCAAGCAGCAGUCUGCAGGUGGACACAGUCAGAAGUCAGCAGGACUGGAGACACAGGAAGGAAGAAGACCCGGUGACUUCUACAUGACCAUAUCAAAGAUGUCCUGGCGUUCGUCUUUCCGCUGCUCAAAGUUCCGUCACGUCUUCGGGAAGCCGGCCACCAAAGAGCACAGCUACGACGGGGUGCCAAUCACACGCAGCGUCCACGACAACCACUACUGCUCAGCCAAUCCCUGCUUCAUCGCCGUGGUGACCGAGUGUGCCGGGGGCGGGUCUUUCAUGGUGCUGCCCAUUAGUCACACAGGAAGGGUCGACCCUCAGCACCCGAGGGUGUGCGGACACAGCGGCAGGGUCCUGGACGUCAAGUGGAACCCGUUUGACGAUCACUGCAUUGCCUCCUGCUCAGAGGACUGUACAGUGAAGAUCUGGGACAUCCCAGUGUGCGGUGUCCAACAGAACCUCACCAAGGCCAGGAAGACUCUGAUUGGUCACUCCAGGAGGGUGGGGCUUAUCGAGUGGCAUCCAACUGCAGAGAACCUACUGCUUAGCUCUGCGUAUGACUACAAGGUCCUCCUCUGGAACAUUUCUGAGCCAGGUGCAGUAAUCAGGUACCCGGUUCGGGUGGUGCUGAUGCCCGUCCACCACCGCUACCCAUCUGAGACGCUGCUGCUUUCUGUCAGCUUCAGCAGCGACGGCAGCCGACUGGCAGUCACAUCCAAAGACAGACGGGUUCGAGUCCUGGACCCUCGGACGGGAAAGAUUUUACAGGUGUCCAGCAGUAAGUCGCACAGGGCCAACAAGGUUUUAUACCUCGCAGGGUUUAAGAUGCUUCUGUCCACUGGCAGCUCACCUUGGAACCACAGACAGAUCGUCCUCUGGGAUCCCGACGACUUAUCUGAGCCCCUUUAUGAAGAGGAUUUGGACGGGUCCGCAGGCGUCCUCUUCCCAUUCUACGACCCUGACACGCACAUGCUCUACCUAGCUGGAAAGGGUGACGGAAACAUCCGCUACUAUGAGCUGAGUGCUGAGAAACCUUAUGUCAACUUCCUGAUGGAGUUCAGGUCCUUACUGCCCCAAAAAGGACUGGGGGUGAUGCCAAAGCGUGGCCUGGAUGUGAGUGCAUGUGAGGUUUUCCGGUUUUAUCGCCUGAUCGCCAUCAAAGACUUGGUGGAACCGCUUUCGAUGAUCGUACCAAGAAAAGAGUCAGGGAUUUUUCAAGAAGAUCUGUACCCGAUGACCGCUGGAAACCAGGCAGCCAUGACGGCUCAGGAGUGGUUGUUGGGGAUCAACAGGGGCCCAGUGAUGAUGUCCCUAAAGCCUGGGACUCAAGUGACCAACCCUUACCCAGAAACCCCAGCUGAGAAGGAGCUGGUGAGGCAGCUGAGCUCCCUCAGGUUCCCGAUGGGUCCAGCUAUUGGCGCAGUGAUGAGGACUGAGUUGGACUUCAUGGAGGAGGCCUUCAUGGCGGAGCAGUUGGCCUACCAAAACGCCAAAUACCCCAGAGAUCUGAGCGACCUGUCGGGCUGGCAGCCAGACGAGACCCAGAUACCACUGUGGACAUACUGCUGCACUCCUCACUGCUGCGAACCUGCAGAGAGGCCGCCACCGACGACUGAGAGCGAGCUCCUGCAGGCGUUUUACAGGCAGCAAGACGAGAUUAGAGGCCUGAGGGAGGAGCUCAGUCAGAAAGACGUGAGAAUCGCUCAACUGGAGCAGGAAAUCAAAAACACCAGGAACAACAUGAGAGCGACCUUCUGAUUCAACCCGCUACCGUUACGAUGAAAAACUAUUUUCAACAAAUAAACGACAAUGAGAGCCGACAUUUUCUACAUGGUUUUUGUGUUUUGCUCCAAUAUUUCUGGCUUUGACAGAGAUUUUCGGUGCAUGUGGAAGCCUCCAAGCUUCUGAGUUGUAAUCCAGGUUUUUGUGCGGUUUUGACACACAUGAGCAGUAAGUAGAGCUCCAUUACAGACCCCAGCGUUUAUAAUAUUCUACUGAUCACAUGGUGUCACUGUUUGGGAUGAGUUUUAAGGUUUCUGGGAAAAGUUUCUUGUCAAAUUUCUGGGUUGUAUUAA